CCACACCCACACCCACAUCCACACCCACACCCACACCCACACCCACACCCACACCCACACCCACGCCACACCCUGAAUAGUUUUCCAUACAUAUAAUCUUAGUAAUUUUGCUCUGAGAUGGAUGAAAUAUUCCUAUAUAAAAACAGAAGAUAUCUUGGGAAGCUUCUGCGACACGAAAUAUCACUCCGUAAUUUGCUCACCUAAUACUAUCACACCGAAUAUUAUUUAACUGUAACUGGAGGAUAAUGAUGAUGUGUUUGCACAGCAAAAUAAGAAUUCAGACAAAACUAAUAAAUAUUUUAUUGUAGUCUAUUAAUGUUAAUAUUUACAUUGAACAUUUAACAAAAAUAGCUACCGAAGAUGUUUGCUUAAUUAGAUAUGUAAUUAAUUCAUUUAACUUCAGCCUUACAAUACAUUGAAAUAAUAAUAAACUUAAACACUAUUAUGUGGAUUUUGAUGAUGUCUCGUAAGGAGUGAGUCUGAACAUCCAGCGAUUCACAUGCUUGCAAUACUCCUUAUAAGGUUCACCAAAUCUCUCAACAAGCUUAGGCUCUUCUUUAAACAUGAAGUAAAGUGUUUUGCAAACAAAAAAUGAACCAGUAAAAUAUGCCAUUCCGUUAGAAUUGAAAAACAAAGCCUCGGCAAUCAUUAUCAUGAGUAUUGACGCAAUCAUUGGAUUUCGUACGAAUUUAUAAGGUCCUUCCGCCACAAAAUGCUUUGGUGGCAUCAUUGGUGAUAAUGUUCCUUUCCCUUUCGACCAGAAGUGAUAAUUUGUAGUACAAAACAAGUACAAACCAAUGGAAAACAAAAUCAUACUUAGUAAUUGUGCAAUAUUACGAUAUUGAACAUGAAAUAAAUAGUUCUGUUCCGGAUUGGCACUGUUAAGAAUUGUUCCAACAUAGAUAGCUCGAGGAAUGCCAACAGUGGCUUCAAUUGGCAACGAUAAUGACACGAACAGUUGCAUUAGAUUUGUUUCAUUUCCGCCAAUCAUUAGAAAGUGACCCACAAUCACGAAUAAAUGUGUGUAUAUUAUAGGUGAAAUAAUAUCCCACCAACUAUUUGGAAACGUUUCCAUUAGUUUUGUAGGCCAGGUACCAGAUGUUGCAAUAAUGUAAGCUGGUAAGCACAAUACAAUUGUUAGUGGUAUUACUUCUUGAAUAACUUUCUUAGUAUAAUUCAUGGCGAUUCUAAUCUCGAAUAAAUAUUGAACGUUGUUAAGCGUAUUCAGUUCAAAUUGAAGCUUUCUUAAAAGCAAAAUCAAGAAUGAAAUAUUGAAUUAAUUAAUUAAAGCAAUUUGCUUAAUUUUAAGAGAGGAUCCGUGAGAUCAUCACCCAAGCCGAUUGCCGAAAAAGUUUUGAUUUUGAAAUUGACUAUCCAGUUCGAAAGAGCAAAGAAAGUUAGCCAUAGACCCAAAACAUUAGAGGGUGAUAGUGUAUUAUGAGAAGACAUCUUCUCUUAUAAUAGUAAAAAUAUAAACAUGACAAUAUUAUAAUAAGUUUUUCGAAAUUGACCAACAUGAAUUAUUCAUUAAAAAAAAGAAAAACAUUCUUAUCUUAAAAAAGGAUAUCAAUUUAAUUAGACAACAUGUGGUUUAUGCUAAAUUUAUUGAAGAAGUUGUUCAUCCAGAAAGUCAAAAGGUAUGUCGAAGAGAUCUAAUAUUUCAAGACAAUGCAGACUCAAAACAACGAACAAAAACUGUAUUACAAAUUGUCGAUGGAUUAUUUAAUCAUCGAAUUAUACCAGAAGAAGGCGAUGCUAAAUUUGCUUACGUCUAG